AUGUCCCAACAUGCGCUGCAGGCAUCAAGGAUCGUCCGUUAUCCUCGGACGUACGGACCGAUCUACCGUCGGCCGACGACGGAACACGCCAACCGAACACAACAGUUUAGCUCGUUGAUUAGUCAGAACAACCAGGAACAAAAUCUGCCCAACCCACAAACGACUUCCGCGUCGGAGCCGCCGCCUUCGGAAAUCAGAAAUCAGAGUUCUCGUCCAGGGACAAUCGGUGAAUCGGACGCAAGCGACCAAGCUCAUAGGGGCGGUGGGGAUGUCCCGGAAAAUGCUGAGAAAGUUCAUGUCACGAAGUUUGUCCAUAAAAUAACGCUACAGGACCUGAAAGAGGCCUUGGAUUGGGUCCUUAAAAAUUUGGGAAAACCCGACUGUUGGUCGGCGAAUUCACAAAAUCUGAACGACCCAAAGAUGACCGCGUCUAAAGUGGGUUCGAACGGAUUUAUCAUUGCGCCUUUUGACUGCACGUGCACGCCUACAGCACACAACAAUGUCGUGACGAUCGCCGGCCAGAACGAGGACGAAACACUUGCCGCAGUACCAGCGGAGAGCGAUUGUCGGGAGUCACCCGUUUACAUCUACGAGACUGCGUGCAGUGGCAGGGAGCAUGUGGUCAGUCCCCCUCAACCGAAUCUUGUAAGAAGAAGCCAUUCGAGAAUAUGGGAACAAGGUGGUGGAGGGGAGAAUGAGAACGGAAGGCAAAACUCGGAGAGAGUUCAGGAAUCGGUUGUCGAAACCAUCGCAGUGAACAUGUGCACUUCAGCAACAAAUGUGUGCAGUGGGGACAGCGGAC